AUGACAGCAACAGCACAUGAUACCUAUUAUGAUAUUUGGGCAUUACGUACGUUGUCUGAUUCAGUUAUGAAUUAUGAUGUUUGGAAUCAAGUGUUCAAUUUGGAAUUAUCUCUGAGCAACUAUUGUCAUCCAUCAAUUUUUAAUGGAAUUAUUGGAAUUCAUAAAAGGCGUAUUCCAGUUGAACAUGGUUUAAUCGAAGUACGUUCAGCUUUUAAUGGUGCUGGAUUGUACAAAGUAAAUUCGACAUAUAACUGUAAAUACGAUGGUAGAACUACUUGUGAACAUGUGCCGUUUCAUUUGUGUAUACGAGAAAAAAAUCGAGGAAGAAUAUUUAUUAAUCCUGAGUUUCAAGUUAGUUAA